AAAACACUUAUCUACUGUGGGGGUUGAAUAAUUUUGAACACAACUGUAUCAUGCUCCUAACUAGCUUCAUGAUGUUGUUCUGAGGCAAUGCGUUCCACUCCUCCACAAGUGCUACAGCAGUUCUGCCAGGUCAUGUGAGGGUGGGGUAUGAGCAUCCAGUCGCUGCUUCAGCUGGUCCCAGACGUGCUCUGCGGGGUUCAGGUCAGUGGACAUUGCUGGCCGUACCAUAUGAGGCUGUUACGAUUCUGUAGGUGAGCUCAGAUGCAGGGAAUGAGCAAGCAGUUUAGCUCAAAAGCUUUAUUGCUGAGAACAGAAUUUAAAAGCUACUGCUCGCAGGCGGAAGACUACAAACAGGAGUACCAACGAAUGAGUAGAGUUAGCGCUUUACUGCUACUAGAGGCUGAGAAGACUAAUUACCGGGACAGAACUCACGGUGCACAACACCCAGGCAGAAACUGGAAACUAAAAAUGCGAUACUACUAGAAAACUAGGUAAGAGAAACACAACUAACGGCGAAGCAACUAGGCUUAAUAUAACAAAUAACUCAAAGAAGUAGGUACUCAAUCAAAACUAAAUCAACGUGCUAUAUGAAUCUAAUCUAUGAACAAAAACUCAAAAUAAGGGAUGCUCGGACUGGGCUUCGGCUUGUGUGGGGAUCCGGGGAGGGUUGCAGCGACAGGUAGGUAGAGAUGGAAGCUGGAUGGACAACGGUGAAGGUAGGUGGCUUUCCAGGUGGCAAGCAGACUGAACCAGGAGGUGAACGAAGAAAACCCAAAUGGCAAGAGGCAGGAGCAGGUGGAACCAGAACUGUAGCAGAGGAAGAAAACCGGAAUUACUAGGAGUACUCAGAAAAUUCAGAACAAUGACUGUAAACACUAGAAAGGGUUACAGAUGGUUUCACGAUCCAGCACUGAGAGGUGAGUGGCGUCUGAUUUUAUGGCAGGAGGAGUGAGGCUGAUUGGCUGCACUUCCACCUGCUCCUAAUCCAGCUGUUGAAAUGAGGGACACCUGCCGCUGCAAUCACCAGGCAAGGGAACCUAAGAGGGAAAGAAGGGAGGGGAAGGAGGCACUAGCCAGAGCUGGCAGCUGCUGGCCUAACAGAGGCACUCCGACUUCCUGAAGUCGAGAUGUGACAAUUCUGGCACGAUGCGGUGGAGCAUUAUCAUCCAUGAACAGAAAGUUGGGGGUGUGCUCAUGGAAUUAGGGGAUAAUGAUGGGUUGUAUGAUGUCUCUGAGGUAAGAAUGUGCAGUGACUGAGCCAUGUACAAUCACCAAAUCUGUUUUGCGCUGACUGGUGAUGCCUGCCCAGACUGUUGGAGUUCCUCCACCAAAGCCAACCCUGGGGACCAUGUUGACCUUGGUGCAGGGGUGGCUGGUCAAUAGAGGGCGCUAGGGUGCCGCCCCCUCUGUCUCACAUCAUGUAGAGUCACAGCCCUUCCUUUAAUAAAACGUUUUUAAAAUUACAUUUACAUGUAUAUCCUAUGUUUUUAACAAGCAAAAUGGAUAAUAGAGCCUGUAGAGAGUUACUAAAAUGUAUAAUAUUUAAUAAAAAGUCAGAUUAGAAACGUCCGACGUUGUCUACAAUUACUAAAAGUGGACAUAUAUCCGGCCGGGGGCGCACUCAUCUUUCCCCAUUGACUCUCGUUAUAACUUUGACAUGCGCAGUUCGUUCCUCUUCAAUACAAGAGAUAGGAGACAGCAGGGCGCGGUUAGCCUGCGCCCUGCUGUCUCCCUCUGAUCACUUUACACACCACCGGCCAUGGGGUGGCAGCAGAGAGCAAGCGGUUUAUUCAUCCGCUUGCCUUUAGUUAAAACUGCCAAGCGAGUGACGUUCAGCGCAGAGUGAAGGAGUAAUUAGCAAGCAAGAUUAUCAACGAGUCAUAGAGAGAGCCAAAAAAAGGAGAAAAUGGAGAGAGAAAAUUCAGUGAAGUCACUGAAAACAACGCCGUUCGAGAGAAGAACAUUGCAGGAGAAACUGAGAGUGAAGGAGCUCGGACCUGACCGGCCAGACGUCUUAACUAGACAACAGUCGGAGGACAGAGGGAGGAGAUAUUCGUGGUCUUUUUCACGGGCCUGGCAUGAGAAGACGUCUUGGCUGACAGGAUGCAGUGAGGCAGGUGCUUUAUUUUGCUUCCCUUGCCUGCUUUUUCAAACCAAGGGAACUGAUCAAGCCUGGAUUCAGACAGGUAUGGCGGAUUUAAAGCAUUUUUCCGAGAAAGUAAGAAGGCAUGAGCAAGCUAGGAGCCACAUGGAAAAUACUAUGUGUCUGGGCAUGUUUGGGAGAGCUAACAUAGCAGCUCAGCUUGAUGAUGGCUACAGGAUAGGCAUCCGUAAACAUAACGAGGAGGUCGACAAAAAUAGGCAUGUGCUGUCUAAAAUAAUAGAUUGCAUUAAGUUCUGUGGUGCCUUUGAGCUCGCCCUGAGAGGCCAUGAUGAGAGUGAAAGCUCCGAAAAUCCAGGUGUUUUCAGAGGCGCUGGUGGAUUUUGUAGCAUCACUAGAUGCAGCUGUCCAUGAGCACCUUCAGAAUGCCACUGUGUUUAAAGGGACAUCCAAAACAGUGCAGAAUGAACUCCUUGACUGCAUGCUGGCAGUUUUGAGAAAGUCCAUUAUUGAGGAAGUUCAGUGUGCAGACUUCAUAUCCAUUCAGGCUGAUGAAACAAUGGACAUCUCCACCCAGUGUCAGCUUGUUCUUGUGAUUCGCUACAUCGACAAAAUGAAUGAAGUGCAGGAGAGAUUUUCUGAAUUUAUACCUCUGCAAUCUGCCACAGCUGAGUCCAUUGCUACAGCACUUUUGGAGAGGCUGAGCCUCAUUCUCCCUGAUGACCAGAAGAGCAAGCUCAUCUCCCAGGCCUAUGAUGGUGCAAGUGUCAUGAGAGGAGCCACAGGUGGUGUACAGAAGAAAGUGAGCGAUGUGUAUGCGAAUGCACACUAUGUCCACUACUGUGCUCACCAGCUCAACAUUAUUAUGCAGCAGGUGACAUCCCAUAUCCCAAAAGUUGGUCAGUUCUUCUCUGACCUAGCUGGUUUCUCAGGAUUUUUUUCAAGAUCCCCCAAGAGAACCAGUGUGCUUGACAGAGUGGUGGCACACAGGCUUCCAAGAGCAAGCACAGUAAGGUGGAACUUCAACAGCCAUGCUGUCAACACUGUGUUUGAGCACAAAGACGACCUCCUUCAGUGCUUCGAAACCAUCAGGGACUCAGGUGACUUUGAUCCUACCACUGUCCGUGAAGCUGGAGGUUUUGUGAGACUCCUGGAGGAUGCUACCUUCUGCUUCUUCCUGGAGCUUUUCCACCGCAUCAUGCCUCAUGUGGACAUGCUCUACAGCCAACUCCAGAAGAGGUCCAUCGAUUCGGUCUUUGUCCACAGAGUGACGCAGCAUUUCACCGACAACGUGCAGAUGAUCAGGUAAAUACAUUUGUAUGUAACCAUAUUAAACCCUUAUGCAUCCUCUCACAAAAAGUGUCAUACGCAGUACUAUGGGACAAAAAUGUCCAAGUCAAAAACUGGAAUAAAAUUAUUAUAUAAUAAUAUAAUUUUCCUCUUACAUAGUUAGAUUUUUAAACCAUCAGUCCAGAUAAUAAAAGUUUUGAUUGAACUGAUCAUUUUCAGAGUAUUAACAUUUUAUUUAUUACCUUUAAUUCCCAGUUCAUUUACAUUAUAUCACUAUUGUUUAUUGUGAAAAAAUAAAAUAAACUGAGUUUUACCCAAACACUUAAUGCUAAAGAAAAUAUUUAAAACUAAUGCAGUCUUGAAUGUAUUAGUGAUGAGUAACAAUGAUUGAUUUUGACAAUGAUUUUGUUUCCAUCAUUAUUUAUUUGUGGAUAAUUUGUGUGAAAUGAAAGAACUCACACUCAGUCAUGUGUGCAUCACAUGACUGUAAUAAAAAAACUUCUGAUUAAUGUUAACCAUAAUAAGUCAUUAUUUAUGAUACUUAAUGUGUUUAAUUUCUUUCUGUUUCCUGGCAACUAAAGUUUAAUUUGUUUCUCUUCUGGGGCCGGUCAGAGACUCCCUCCCUACCGUCAGUGAAGAACAUCACAGCUGUGUGCCUCAGCAGCCGCUGAACAAGAAGCGCCACACACUGGGACCAGAUGAACUACAGAGGAUAGCUACAGAGGUUUGUGACACAAUCCUGGGCCAUGCAAAAGAGAGGUUUGCCUUCACCAAACACCUAAUCAAUGCUACACUGCUUCAAGGAGACAGUUUCCAGGAGUACGACAGCCAGUUCCCUGAAGCAGCGCUCAACACCACCAUGGAGGCCUAUCCAUUGCUGAACAAGGGCAAGCUGAAAACUGAACUGUCGCUCAUCUUCAGCAACACAGAGUUCAGGAGUUGCAAUGGUGCUGUGGCUCUGUACCAGCUCUUCAUGGCAGCUGUGUGACAGUUGCAUAAUAGUAUUUAAAGGCAUAGGUCCUUAGGUACUGGUCAUCACUGUGGUCCGUCACUUGUGGGGCUCCACUCCUGGGUCUGUCACCAACACUGCCAGUAGUUCUGUGUCUUGCUGCAAGUCUGCUGAUGACACUGUGAGACACAUCAAGUUCACGAGCAACAUCUGACUGCCUGUUACCAACCUGAAGGCACGCAAUGCUCUUCAUGAGCAACAAUCUUCAGGACACCUUCUCAGAGACUGUCUCUCCUGAAGAUCCUCAUCACGACUCCAAUGACGACAGCUGAAUCUGAGAGAUGCUUCUCAACACUAAAAAGAAUCAAGACCUUCCUCAGGAACACGAUGUCGCAGGAUCGUCUUAAUGCACUGGCCAUGCUCUCUGUGGAAAAGAAACUUGUCAGGGAGACCCCAGAUUUUAACCAUAGAGUCAUUGAGAAAUUUGCAUGUCUCAAAGACAGAAGAGCAAAACUUGCAUACCAAAAAUAACACAGAUGUAGAGGUACUGGCUUUAAUCUCUAAAAUGGGAGGAUUUACUUUUUUGUCAUUUAAUAAUGUAAAUAGAAAUAUUAGUUGACACAAGUGGCACUUUAGACUGAAAGCCUGUUGAUUUUCAUAUGUUCUGAAAUCUGAGGAAUUACUGUUUUUCUUUAUUUUCAUUGUAAAUAUUUAAUGUUAGUUGACAGAAGCACUUUGGGCUCAAAGCCCAAAGUAAGGUAGGUUUUAUUUGUCACAUGCACAGUUAUACAUAGUAUAAUGCCUAAUGGUUUCAGUAUUUUUUUUUUCAGGCAAAGUGACAAAUCUUUAUUGCUUUGAUCUUAAAUAUGCAGAUUUGCUGUUUUCUCAUUGUUAAUGUAAAAGUUAGCUCACAGAAGCACUGUCUGCUUUAAACCCUAUCGUUAGUUUUUGUUUUUUUUUAACAAAAUGUCCAAUGUUUGUAGGUUUCACAGGUAUGUAUUUGUUUUUGUUUAUUUGAGUCUGUAAAUAUAAAUAUGUUGUUCCAAAGAUUUUGCUGGACAGAAGAAGCACUUGGCACUCUUUGAAGCUGGAAAAAUGAUUUUUUUUCUUUUUUUACUUUUGAAGUAAAAAAUAGAUUUGCAUAUUUA